UUUGUUAAUGAGUAUUAAGGAUUUAUGCGGGAUUAAACUUCUAGCAAAAAUUUAUGUUACAUUUUGGAAUAUUCUUUGCAAUUUCUUUCUUUGUGAUUAUAGUUGUCAUGCAAAAUAUAUACAUUCACAAUAUACCCUAGGCCUGUUGGUGUGUGUUUAGCGAUGGGUUGGACUAGUGCAUGACGUCAUGUGAUUAUCUCCAGCUCGAGCUCACACAUCUGCACAUUCAGUCCGGCGGUGUGGAGCGCUUGUGUGGAGAGCUGCGCGCGCCUCUACGAAGCGCGCCUGACAGAACGCGCGCAGCGCAACUGUUCUUGAGUUCUUUUUGCGCGUCAGCUUGUCAGAAUCGAAACAGUUUGUGAUUUUAUGAAUAUCUGCGUGCACGAUGAAAAGCUGUCACGCUGCAAGCAUGAGACGGUCGCGUCCCCAGAGCGCACUGACAGCUCAAGUGUUUCAGUGCAUGGCUGACACCACCUAACGCGUCAAGUCUGGAAAAACUAACCUGGCUGUCAGAAAGAUGAACUCAGAAUGGGUGUAACUCAGUCCAAUGCAACGAAGGAGGAUGCAAACAUCACCAUCACCUCAUGGCCGUACACGGAGACGGCCGCCGCGUUCAUCAUCCUCGUGGUUACCGUAAUCAUUCUGGUCACCAUCGUUGGGAACGUUCUGGUCAUCGUGGCGGUUCUGACCAGCCGCGCUCUCCUUGCGCCACAGAACCUCUUCCUCGUGUCGCUUGCGUGCGCGGACAUCCUCGUGGCCACGCUAGUCAUUCCUUUCUCCCUCGCCAACGAGAUCAUGGGACACUGGUACUUCGGCAGCACCUGGUGCGCGUUUUACCUGGCUCUGGACGUUCUGUUCUGCACGUCGUCCAUCGUGCAUCUGUGCGCCAUCAGUUUGGAUAGGUACUGGUCCGUCACCAAAGCGGUGAGCUACAACUUGAAAAGAACCCCGAAGCGCAUCAAGUCUAUGAUCGCGGUGGUGUGGGUCAUUUCAGCCAUCAUCUCGUUCCCACCACUCAUCAUGACCAAGCACAACGAGAAGGAGUGUUUAAUAAACGACAAGACCUGGUACAUCCUCUCCUCGUGCCUGGUGUCGUUUUUCGCGCCGGGGUUUAUCAUGAUCACAGUCUACUGCAAAAUCUACCGCGUCGCCAAACAGCGUUCGUCCACAGUAUUCGUGGCCAAGAACGGGUUGGAGAGGCAGCCUUCCCAGUCCGAGACGUGCUUUGUGAGGAAAGAUAAGUUUGAGAAAGUGUCUCCGAGCAGCAACAGCUCGGAAAGCAACCAGAGACAGGAGGAGCUGGAUGAUAUCGACCUGGAGGAGAGCGCGACGUCCGACAACAAACCAAAUAGCUCGCGGUUCUCCAAGCACAGGCGGGUGGACGGCGCGCGCACCUGCGCGCAGAGGACCUGCCGGAUCUCCUGGGUUUCCAGUCAGGAGCAGAGCAGCAAACAGCUCGAGGUGGCGUCGAAAACCAAACUGGCACAGAUGCGGGAGAAACGCUUCACCUUCGUUCUGGCUGUGGUCAUGGGGGUGUUUGUUCUCUGCUGGUUUCCUUUUUUCUUCACCUACAGUCUCCAGGCCAUCUGCGGGCACAGCUGCAAGCCGCCUGAGGCGCUUUUCAAACUCUUCUUUUGGAUUGGUUACUGCAACAGCUCAGUGAAUCCCAUCAUUUACACGAUUUUCAACAGGGACUUCAGAAAGGCUUUUAAGAAAAUCGUUUGCUUGACUGCGCAGCGCACCUAAGAGACUCGUAUUUCGACUCUUUAAGUCAAGAUUAAAAUGCCUGAAUGUCAUCAGAAUUUAAACCAAGAGGAAUCUGCAAACUAAUUAUGUCCUUUUGCAUAGCACUCUCAUUAACUGUCAUGCCCAAUUUUUUUUUUCUACUUUUCAAAUGCCUUUCAAUGUAUAUACAAAUUAAAAGUAUGUAAAAAAA